UCCCCAGGGGCGGCGAUUAGGGUCGGGGUAAUGUGGGGUUAGCACCCCUCGAGUUAGGAGGAGGGUAGCUGGGAACGGUGCAGGGCUGAGUUCUCGACAAGCUGCUGGUAGGACAGUCACUCAGGUUGAGGGUAGAACUAAGAGAACCUGAAACUGGGCGUAGGAAGGUUCCACGUGCUGGAGCCCUGCAAGACAGAGGAAGGUUUUUUUUUUGUUUUUUGUUUUUUGUUUUUUUUUGUUUUUUGUUUGUUUGUUUGUUUGUUUGUUUGUUUACCUCUCUGUGCAUUCUUUCUUCCUUUGGAAGUAACAGAGGCAAGCUUGGGAACUGUGUGAACCAGGUCAGCAAUCUGGACAGAUCUUUACCAGCGGGUCUUUUGAUGUUUUUCCUGGGUACUGAUUUGCAGACUCGAUCCAACUUUCUAAGAAAAGCAGAACCACACAGGGUGGUUUAUAAAAUCCUCCAAUGAAGCUACUAACAUUACUCCAAAGCAUAAUAUGAAAGCAUUUUUGGAUGAAUUGAAAGCUGAGAACAUCAAGAAGUUCUUAUAUAAUUUUACACAGAUACCACAUUUAGCAGGAACAGAACAAAACUUUCAGCUUGCAAAGCAAAUUCAAUCCCAGUGGAAAGAAUUUGGCCUGGAUUCUGUUGAGCUAGCUCAUUAUGAUGUCCUGUUGUCCUACCCAAAUAAGACUCAUCCCAACUACAUCUCAAUAAUUAAUGAAGAUGGAAAUGAGAUUUUCAACACAUCAUUAUUUGAACCACCUCCUCCAGGAUAUGAAAAUGUUUCGGAUGUUGUACCACCUUUCAGUGCUUUCUCUCCUCAAGGAAUGCCAGAGGGCGAUCUAGUGUAUGUUAACUAUGCACGAACUGAAGACUUCUUUAAAUUGGAACGGGACAUGAAAAUCAAUUGCUCUGGGAAAAUUGUAAUUGCCAGAUAUGGGAAAGUUUUCAGAGGAAAUAAGGUUAAAAAUGCCCAGCUGGCAGGGGCCAAAGGAGUCAUUCUCUACUCGGACCCUGCUGACUACUUUGCUCCUGGGGUGAAGUCCUAUCCAGACGGUUGGAAUCUUCCUGGAGGUGGUGUCCAGCGUGGAAAUAUCCUAAAUCUGAAUGGUGCAGGAGACCCUCUCACACCAGGUUACCCAGCAAAUGAAUAUGCUUAUAGGCGUGGAAUUGCAGAGGCUGUUGGUCUUCCAAGUAUUCCUGUUCACCCAAUUGGAUACUAUGAUGCACAGAAGCUCCUAGAAAAAAUGGGUGGCUCAGCACCACCAGAUAGCAGCUGGAGAGGAAGCCUCAAAGUGCCCUACAAUGUUGGACCUGGCUUUACUGGAAACUUUUCUACACAAAAACUCAAGAUGCACAUCCACUCUACCAAUGGAGUGAUGAGAAUUUACAAUGUGAUAGGUACUCUCAGAGGAGCAGUGGAACCAGACAGAUAUGUCAUUCUGGGAGGUCACCGGGACUCAUGGGUGUUUGGUGGUAUUGACCCUCAGAGUGGAGCAGCUGUUGUUCAUGAAAUUGUGAGGAGCUUUGGUACACUGAAAAAGGAAGGGUGGAGACCUAGAAGAACAAUUUUGUUUGCAAGCUGGGAUGCAGAAGAAUUUGGUCUUCUUGGUUCUACUGAGUGGGCAGAGGAGAAUUCAAGACUCCUUCAAGAGCGUGGCGUGGCUUAUAUUAAUGCUGACUCAUCUAUAGAAGGAAACUACACUCUGAGAGUUGAUUGUACACCGCUGAUGUACAGCUUGGUAUACAACCUAACAAAAGAGCUGAAAAGCCCUGAUGAAGGCUUUGAAGGCAAAUCUCUUUAUGAAAGUUGGACUAAAAAAAGUCCUUCCCCAGAGUUCAGUGGCAUGCCCAGGAUAAGCAAAUUGGGAUCUGGAAAUGAUUUUGAGGUGUUCUUCCAACGACUUGGAAUUGCUUCAGGCAGAGCACGGUAUACUAAAAAUUGGGAAACAAACAAAUUCAGCGGCUAUCCACUGUAUCACAGUGUCUAUGAAACAUAUGAGUUGGUGGAAAAGUUUUAUGAUCCAAUGUUUAAAUAUCACCUCACUGUGGCCCAGGUUCGAGGAGGGAUGGUGUUUGAGCUAGCCAAUUCCAUAGUGCUCCCUUUUGAUUGUCGAGAUUAUGCUGUAGUUUUAAGAAAGUAUGCUGACAAAAUCUACAAUAUUUCUAUGAAACAUCCACAGGAAAUGAAGACAUACAGUGUAUCAUUUGAUUCACUUUUUUCUGCAGUAAAGAAUUUUACAGAAAUUGCUUCCAAGUUCAGUGAGAGACUCCAGGACUUUGACAAAAGCAACCCAAUAUUAUUAAGAAUGAUGAACGAUCAACUCAUGUUUCUGGAAAGAGCAUUUAUUGAUCCAUUAGGGUUACCAGACAGGCCUUUUUAUAGGCAUGUCAUCUAUGCUCCAAGCAUCCACAACAAGUAUGCAGGGGAGUCAUUCCCAGGAAUUUAUGAUGCUCUGUUUGAUAUUGAAAGCAAAGUGGACCCUUCCAAGGCCUGGGGAGAAGUGAAAAGACAGAUUUCUGUUGCAGCCUUCACAGUGCAGGCAGCUGCAGAGACUUUGAGUGAAGUAGCCUAAGAGGAUUCUUUAGAGAAUCCAUAUUGAAUUUGUGUGGUAUGUCACUCAGAAAGAAUCAUAAUGGGUAUAUUGAUAAAUUUUAAAAUUGGUAUAUUUGAAAUAAAGUUGAAUAUUAUAUAUAGUUAUGUGAGUGUUUAUAUAUGUGUGUGUUUAUAUUGUUUAUCUUCUCCCUAUGGAUUAAAACUAAAUUUCAUAAUUAUAAGAGGUUAUUCUGAAGUGGAAAAAUUUAACUCAGUAUUAAAUCUAAGGAGAAUGGCCUAAUAUAGUAAAACUCUCAUCUGGCAUUAUCAGGGAAUCAAGUCUAAUCUAUUCAUGUCACUUCACACAGAAGAAAACAUCAGUAUGUCAGAGAGCACACUGGGGAAUAUGCACAAGAUUAUGCCAAGCCAGAGGCCUCACGGCCUACCUGGCCAGCCUGGGCUGAGAGGAUCACUAUCUCAGCACACUAUUUGGGAAAUGGAUCAAAUCACACUUUUAGUAAAUGUUAUCACUCUAUAGCAUAAGAAAUAAUUAUUUUUUAUUUAUAUAAAAGGCUAUAGUAUAACAUAUAUGUAUAGUAAUUAAAUGAACACUUGUGAACCUAAUAGCCAUAUGAAGAAAAUAACAUUUCUAAUAUCUUUGGAUGCCCCAUGUACUAAUGACAGUUAUGCUUUUGCAUUUUCUUGAAUUUUAUGUUUAUUUAUCUUUCCUCUGUCAUUAUUUAUAAUUUUAUCACACAUGGCUGUAUCCUUUACAUGUUUUGGCAUUAUGUAUUUUUGAACUUUUUGUAAAGACAAUCAUACCAUGUGUAAUUUUCAGGGACUUGAUUUUUUUCAUUGACUUUUAAGGGUUCAAAUAUAUUAUCACUGUGGCUGUAGUUUGCCAUAUUUUGCUGAUAUAGAGCAUUCAUUCACAUGAGGGUAGGAUUCAGGGUCCAUCAAGACAGAGAAAACAUACAGUAAUGUGAAUAGGGAAAGUUAAUAUGAAGAAUUAUUAAUUGUUACAGCAUUGGAACAAUGAAAUAUUGUCUAGUAAUAUGUAAAGAGAAGUCUCAAGAAUAUGUGAUGAGCAGAUAUAAGGAAUUGCUCUUGUCUCCAUGGUGAAUUUGGAGCAGCCAAUGAAGAGUCCCCUCACAUUGUGGCCUCGCUCAAAGUUAAGAAGUCGCUGUAGUGUUGCCCUUGAAGAAUCUGCUUCAAAUUGACACUUCAGAACUCCCAAGAAACUUGUCUUCUGGGCCAAUGUGUAAAGCUGUUUAUGAAGAAAUGUCAAGCCAGAGGGGCUCUACUACAAAUUUGGCAAAGGACAAUUUCAGGAGAAGCUCUUGGCCGCUGGGUUCUCCUGGCCACCAUGAACUUCAGGAAGUGGGUGCCAUAGCAGCAGCCUGAACUACAGAAUCUGGGCACUGGUGUAGCUCUGUAUGCCCUCCGUGUCAGAUGCUGGAGAUGUCAUUUGCAUUGCCAGAGUUUGCCAAGGGUGCACACAGAAAGCAGAUUGAAAAGCACCUUCUUGGAACAUCUCUCCAAUGCCUUCUACUCACAAAGUUUAACAUCAUUAACACGUGACAAAGAAGAACUAUUUAAUGGGCCCAGAUCUAUUUAUGAAGACAAUCAAGCGGGAGUUUGGAGUGGAUAACCCAAAUUUGGAUAACUGGUGAAUAAUAAAAUGUAUUUAUUCAUUUUCUGCUGGUGUAUAUUUGGAAUGUUUUCUAUAUUUUGCUUCUGUGAACAUGUAUCCUAAUGCAAAUAUUCAAGAGAUUCUCUUUCCUGACAGUAUCUACCUAUAGGUUGAAUGUCUGUGUUGUAAAGUGUGUGCAUCUUCAAUUUUACAAUGCCAAGCUGUUUCAAAGUGAUUUUAUUUAUUUGUAUUCCCACUGGCAAAGUAAUCAUGUUAUUCAAGAUAAAAAACAAGUAUGGAAGAUUGUGGCAUGUUAAAGAAAUACAAAGAACUCAGUGUUUCUAGAAUCCAAGGGAUUUGUGGGAAGAACAAUCCAUACAUUGAGCACCAAAUACAUCACAUAGGGCGUAGAAGACAUCCAGAGGAGUGUAAGUACUUUCCUGUAGUUUAUCAAAAGCCCAUAAUAAGGUUAAGCAGGAUAGGGAUAUGAGCAUAUUUGCAUUUCAGAAAGCAUUCUGGCCUAGAUGGAUUAGAAGGCCAUCAACCCAGCAAAAGAUGAGAUUUUUUUUUUUUUAAUACAGGGUCUCACUCUGUCACCCAGGCUGGGGUCAGUGGCACAAUCCCAGCUCAACGUAACCUCUGCUUCCUGGGCUCAGGCGAUCCUUCAGCAUCAGACUCCCAAGUAGCUGAGAUUACAGGUGGGCACCACCAUGCCUGGCUAAUUUUUAUAUUUUUGGUAGAGAUGCAGUUUUACCAUGUAUCCCAGGCUGGUCAAUAACUCUCCGGCUCAAGGUAUCAACCUUCCUUGGCCUCCAAAAGUGGUGGGAUUACAGGCAGGAGCCACCAUGCCAGGUCCCAAAAUCUUUUCUCAUGACAACAGUUGCCAUGUAGCCUUUAUCCCCAGAAAAGAUAAGACUAUCCUCAUCCUUCAGGUCUCAGCUUACAUGUCAUCUCUUCUAGGAAUACUUCCAGAAUGACUGCCCCUUCCCUUAUAUUCCUUACUAGACCAUAAGCUCCUUAGAGACUGAGUCUUGUUUUUUUUAUUUUCACUUCAAUCUCUAUCAGUAGGGAGAGUCCAUAGAUGACACUCAUUUUGUGAGUAAUCAGAGUAGCGUGCAUAUGAGACUUUCUGAGACAUUCUGUGCUUUGAAAAUCAAAGCUGCACUGCACACUAGGAUUUCCACAAUGCCUUUGUUACAGGGUUUGGCAGAGCAUGCUAACAGGAUUUUUGUCAUGUCAGUGUUAGAGAGUUGGACAAUACUGUAGAUGUAGGAUAAGGUGAAUAUUAUUAUUCUAAAAAAUGGACCAAAACCUACAUAAUACUUGAAAGCUUUGUCAAGUUUCAGUCAGUUCUGCAAGCAUGCAAUAAGCAUCUCCCCAAAAUAUUAUAUGUAAUUUGGUGGCUUAGGAACAUACUUUGGCAACAUAUUUAAUGUCACUGUCAUUCAUAAGAGGUAGUGCAAUGAUAGAAACACAGUUGUUUUUGUUUUUGUUUUGAGACAGGGUCUUGCUCUGUCACCCAUGCUGGAGUGCAUUGGUGCAAUCUCGGCUCACUGCAACCUCUGCCUCCUGGGUUCAAGUGAUUCUCCUGCCCCAGCCUCCUGAGUAGCUGGAAUUACAGGCACCUGCCACAAUGCCCAGCUAAUUUUUUUGUAUUUUUAGUAGAGAUGGGCUUUCACUAGGUUGGCCAGGCUGAUCUCGAACUCCUGUCUUCAGGUGAUCCACCUGCCUCCACCUCCCAAAGUGCUGGGAUUACAGGUGAGAGCCACCUCUCCUGACUAGGAACAGAGUUUUUAGAGACAGACUGCCUGAGGUCCAACCCUAGUUCUCCCACUUACUUACAGUAUGUCUAUGGGCAAAUUAUUAAAGCUUUCUGUUAUUAAGAAAGUAAAUGGUAGCUUGAUGGAGAUAGCGUUGAAUCUAUAAAUUGCUUUGGGCAGUAUGACCAUUUUCACGAUAUUGAGUCUUCCUAUCCAUGAGCAUGGGAUGUUUUUCCAUUUGUUUGUGUCCUCUCUUACUUCCUUGAGCAGUGGUUUGUAGUUUUCCUUGAAGAGGUCCUUCACAUCCCUUGUAAGCUGCAUUCCCAGGUAUUUUAUUCUCUUUGUAGCAAUUGUGAAUGGGAGUUUACUCAUGAUUUGGCUCUCUGUCUAUUAUUGGUGUAUAGGAAUGUUUGUGAUUUUUGCACAUUGAUUUUUUAUCCUCACACUUUGCUGAAGUUGCUUAUCAGCUUAAGGAGAUUUGGGGCUGAGACAAUGGGGUUUUCUAACUAUACAAUCACGUCAUCUGCAAACAGGGACAAGUUUACUUCCUGUCUUCCUAUUUGAAUGUCCUUUCUUUCUUUCUUUUGUCUGAUUGCCCUGGCCAGAACUUCCAAUACUAUGAUGAAUUGGAGUGGUGACAGAGGUCAUCCUUGUGCAUUUUCAAAGGGAAUGCUUCAAGUUUUGCCCAUUCAGUAUGAUAUUGUCUGUGGGUUUCUCAUAAAUAGCUCUUAUUAUUUUGAGAUACCUUCCAUCAAUACCUAGUUUAUUGGGUGUUUUUAGCAUGAAGGGUGUUGAAUUUUAUCAAAAGCCUUUUCUGUAUCUAUUAAGAUAAUCAUGUAAUUUUUGUCAUUGGUUCUGUUUAUGUGAUAUGUUAUGUUUAUUGAUUUGCGUGUGUUGAACCAGUCUUGGAUCCCAGGGAUGAAGCCGACUUGAUCAUGGUGGAUAAGCCUUUUAAUGUGCUGCUGGAUUUGGUUUGCCAGUAUUUUAUUGAGGAUUUUCACAUUGAUGUUCAUCAGGGAUAUUGGCCUGAAAUUUUCAUUUUUUGUUGUGUAUCUGCCAGGUUUUGGUAUCAGGAUAAUGUUGGCCUCAUAAAAUUAGUUAGGGAGGAGUCCCUCUUUUUCUGUUAUUUUGAAUAGUUUUAGAAGGAAUGGUACCAACUCCUCUUUGUACCUCUGGCAGAAUUCAGAUGUGAAUCUAUCUGGUCCUGGGCUUUUUUUGGUUGGUAGGCUAUUAAUUGCUACCUCAAUUUCAGAACUUUUUAUUGGUCUAUUCAGGAUUCCACUUCUUCCUGGUUUAGUCUUGGGAGGGUGUAUGUGUCCAGGAAUUUAUCAAUUUCUUCUAGAUUUUCUAGUUUAUUUGUGUAGAGGUGUUUACAGUAUUCUCUGAUGGUAGUCUGCAUUUCUGUGUGAUCAGUGGUGAUAUCCCCUUUAUCAUUUUUUAUUGUGUCUAUUUGAUUCUUCUCUCUUUUCUUCUUUAUUAUUCUGGCUAGCAGUCUAUCUACUUUUGUUAAUCUUUUCAGAAAACAGCCCUUGGAAUCAUUGAUUUUUUGAAGGGUUUUUCAUGUCUCUAUCUCCUUCAGUUCUGCUCUGAUCUUAGUUAUUUCUUAUCUUCUGCUAGCUUUUGAAUUUGUUUGCUCUUGCUUCUCUAGGUCUUUUAAUUGUGAUGUUAGGGUAUCGAUCGAUUUUAAAUCUUUUCCACUUUCUCAUAUGGCCAAUUAGUGCUAUAAAUUUCCCUCUAAACACUGCUGUAGCUGUGUCCCAGAGAUUCUGGUAUGUUGUGUCUUUGUUCUCAUUGGUUUCAAAGAACUUAUUUAUUUCUGUCUUAAUUUUGUUGUUUACCCAGUAGUCAUUCAGGAGCAGGUUGUUCAGUUUCUAUGUAGUUGUGCAGUUUUGAGUGAGUUUCUUAAUCCUAAAUUCUAAUUUGAUUGCACUGUGGUCUGAGACACAGUUUGUCAUGAUUUCCUUUCUUUUACAUUUGCUCAGGAGUGUUUUACUUCCAAUUAUGUCGUCAAUCUUGGAAUAAGUGCAAUGCAGUACUGAGAAGAAUGUAUAUUCUGUUGAUUUGGGGUGGAGAGUUCUGUAGAUGUCUUUUAGGUCCACUUGGUCCAGAAUUGAGUUCAAGUCCUGAAAAUCCUUGUUAAUUUUCUGUCUCACUGAUCUGUCUAAUAUUGACAGUGGGGUGUUAAAGUCUUCCAUUAUUUUUGUGUGGGAGUCUAAGUCUCCUUUUAGGUCUCUAAGAACUUGCUUUAUGAAUCUGGGUUAUCCUAUAUUGGGUGCAUAUAUGUUUAGGAGAGUUAGCUCUUCAUGUUGCAUUGAUCCCUUUACCAUUAUGUAAUGCCCUUCUUUGUCUUUUUUGAUCUUGUUAGUUUAAACUCUGUUUUAUCAGAGACUAGGAUUGCAACCCCUGCUAUUUUUUUGCUUUCCAUUUGCUUGGUAAAUCUUUCUCCAUCCCUUUAUUUGGAGCCUAUGUGUGUCUUUGCACUUGAGAUGGGUUUCCUGAAUACAGCACACCAAUGAGUCUUUACUCUUUAUCCAAUUUGCCAGUCUGUGUCUUUUAAUUGGGGCAUUUAGGCUGUUUACAUAGAAAGGUAAUAUUGUUAUGUGUGAAUUUGAUCCUGUCAUUAUAAUGCUAGCUAGUUAUUUUGCUCAUUAGUUGAUGCAGUUUCUUCAUAUUGUUGAUGGUCUUUACAAUUUGGCAUGUUUUUGCAGUGGCUGACACUGCUUUUUUCCUUUCCAUAUUUAUUGCUUCCUUCAGGAGCUCUUGAAAGGCAGACCUGGUGGUGACAAAAUCCCUCACCAUUUGCUUGUCCGUAAAGGAUUUUAUUUCUCCUUCACUUAUGAAACAUGGUUGGCUGGAUAUGAAAUUCUCGGUUGAAAAUUCUUUUCUUUAAAAAUGUUGAAUAUUGGCCCCCACUCUCUUCUGGCUUGCAGGGUUUCUGCAGAGAGAUCCACUGUUAGUCUGAUAGGCUUCCCUUUGUGGGUAACCCGACCUUUCUCUCUGUUGCCCUUAACACUUUUUUCCUUCAUUUCAACCUUGGUGAAUCUGAUGAUUAUGUGUCUUGGGUCUGCUCUUCUUGAGGAGUAUCUUUGUGGUAUUCUCUGUAUUUCCUGAAUUUGAAUGUUGGCCUGUCUUGCUAGGUUGGGGAAGUUCUCCUGGAUAAUAUCCUGAAGUGUGUUUUCCAACUUGCUUAUAUUCUCCCCAUUACUUUCAGGUACACCAAUCAGACAUAGGUUUGGUCUUUUCACAUGGUCCCAUAUUUAUUGGAGGCUUUGUUCACUCCCUUUUAUUCUUUUUUUCUAAUCUUGUCUUCACACUUCAUUUCAUUAUGUUGAUCUUCAAUCUCUGAUAUCCUUUCUUCCACUUGAUUGAUUCAGCUAUUGAUACUUGUGAAUGCUUCAUGAAGUUCUCGUGUUGUGUAUUCAGCUAUAUCAGGUCAUUUGUGUUCUUCUCUAAACUGGUUAUUCUAGUUAGCAGUUCCUCUAACCUUUUAUCAAGGUUCUUAGCUUCCUUGCAUUGGGUUAGAACAUGCUCCUUUAGCUCAGAAGAGUUUGUUGUUACCCACCUUCUGAAGCCUACUUCUGUCAAUUCUUCAAACUCAUUCUCCAUCCAGUUUUGUUCCCUUGCUGGCGAGGAGUUGUGAUUCUUUGGAGGACAAGAGGCGUUCUGAUUUUCAGAAUUUUCAGCCUGUUUGAACUGGUUUGAACCUUUGGUCUUUGAUGUUGGUGACCUUCGGAUGGGGUUUUUGUGUGGUCGUCCAUUUUGUUGAUGUUGAUGCUAUUGCAUUCUGUUUGUUAGUUUUCCUUCUAACAGUCAGGGCCCUCUUCUACAGGCCUGCUGGAGAAUGCAUACUUUUUUCCCUUACAAAUAAAAAAUAUGCAAGUCAGGGCGCGGUGACUCACACCUGUAAUCUCGGCACUUUGGGAGGCUGAGGCGGGAGGAUCACUUGAAUUCAGGAGUUCAAGAGUAGCCUGGCCAAGAGGGUGAAACUCCGUCUCUACUAAAAAUACAAAAAUUAGCCAGGUGUGGUGGGACAGGCUUGUAAUCCUAGCUACUUGAGAGAGGCUGACACAGGAGAAUCACUUGAAUCUGGGAGGUGAAGGUUGCAGUGAGCUGAUAUCCUGCCAGUGCACUCCAGCAUGGGCAACAGAACAAGACUCUGUCUCAAAACAAAACAAAACAAAACAAAACAAAAAACCCAUAAGAUGAAUUAAUUUAAAUAUUUCUAGGCUUAUGAGCUUUCCAAGCAGGUCACCUUGAUGUGCCAAGUCGAUAAAAGUUAUGUAAUUAAUUUCGGUUUCCUUUUCAGGUAUAAUAUCUAUCAUUGCUUUGAAAUAUAUAAACUUACAUGAUUUUUAUUUCCUUUUUUUCCUUCCUUGUGUAUGAAAAUUGUGGAUUUCUGGAAGGAAAGUUCUAGAUAUCAUGCAGUUUUAUCUAUGGCAUGAUGUUUAAAACUUAAUUGGAAAUCUGUGUUGUAGAAUGUGAAAAGUGCUAUGAUGUUUGGAACUUUAAGUUGUAGCCUUGGUCAUUAAAGUGCUCAAUAGCAAUUCAGAAACUCGUCAUGGUUGUGGAAAGGUGACAUUGGUGACCACACUGAAUACCAGGAAUGAGAGGGUUUUCUGCACUCUGCACCACAAGUAAGAAUUUUUAUUAUGUCUAGUUAUUUACUUUAAAACUGUAAUUUAUUAGAUGGCAGCAGCUGUCAUUUUAACUUGGAGUUUACGUUAUUUCCAAAUGUGGAUGACCUUUGAAGAGUAAAUCUGACAUGACUGUGGAAUAUAUUGCUCUUCUGUUCCCAGUGUUGGAUACCGUUUAUAUUAAGGUUGCCUAAAUGCAAGAGCAUUGAUGCUAAAAAGGAAAGAGAGGUAAAUUUUUAAUACUAAAGUUUGCAGCCUACCAAAGAUUGAUGAAACACUAAUCAAUUAUUUUGUAUUAGGGAUUGAUAGGAUGGGGUUUUCUAAUAUAAUAAAAUAAAGCAUUGUAGGUGACUAAUUUUAGGUCACUGAUUUUGGAGACUAAUUUUAGUGUCUGUGUGUGCAUAAUCAUUUUUCUCAGGUUGAUCUGUCCACAGGUGGCAAGAACUUUUCUAUGCACACGUGCAGAUGAAAAAGUGGACAAAGUGUAAGAACUGCUUCCUAGUGUCAGCUCAUAUAGCAUGUGCACAUUUCUCCAGAAUGGCAUUUUUCUGUUGAUAUUUUGUUUGUAUCUGUGAACUUCUGAUAAGAAAGGGAUGAUUUUCUUAAUCUUCAUACAUGUGCCAAAACAGUCUCAAUCUUACUGUAUAGGAUGUUAAAUAAUAUGGUUAUUAUAAUAUUUCUUAAUCUAGAAAAAUGUUCAUUGACUUUAUGAGAAGUGAAGAAUUAAGUUUCUUAACUACUUGAUUUCACCCAUACGUGGAAUACACUUUUUUCUCAUCUUCCCAGUGUAAUUUACAAAUUUUUAAAUUGUAUGAACAUUGUGCAAAUUAUUGUCUGUAUGUAAAAUUAAAUCUGUAUGUAAAAUUAAAUCUGUAUGUAAAAUGAAAUAGCUGAGCAUUGAGACAUGGUAUGAUUAUAUCUUCUUUUUCUUACCAUUGUUUUGUUUUUCCUUGGAGUUAAAUUUUAUUUUUCCAGCUUUCAGUAACCGUAUCAAAAAGUCAUACUCAAAUUCUCUAUACUAAAAUAUCUUCUCAAGAUUUACAUACACAUUCAUCAGUCCCUCAAAUUCAUCUACAAGUUUUUUUAAUCCCUGGGGUUUAGAAGUGGUUAGAGUGUCCCCCAUUUUUGGAGCUGGGUGCUUUGCCCUUGUUGGUUCUCCUCACCUUUUUGAUAAUAGUGUUAGCAGCCCAUUCAUUAACAUCUGUUGAACCACCUGAAUUAGACUUUGUCUCUUUUUCUGCUGCUAAUAU